UACACUAUAUAUAGCUAUCCCCAAGGUUACGCCAGACCAGUGUAGAGCGCUGCUUGUGUGAGGAACUAUAUACCGCUAUCGUACGGAGUACUCCCCAGUGGAUAUUUACGAUUCAAGAUUACAGACUUUCCGUCUUUCUCCCUCAGGAUUCGAACUCGGGAACGAUACAUCACGCUACUAGUAGAGAGUGCUGAUUGUGCAAAGAGCCGGAGCGCUAUCGAACCGAACCCGGGCCCGAUGCAGUCCGCGCAAAGCUCCCCGCUGUUCUCCGCGGGCCGGCGGCGGCGGCGGAUCCUGUCCGACUCCGUGGAGCUGCCGUUCUGCGACUCGUUCCACGCCAGUAACGUCCUGCGGGGGCUGUGGGAGAUCCGCACCGAGGGGAAGUUCUGCGACCUCGCGCUGCUGGUGGGCACCAAGGAGUUCUUCUGUCAUAGGAACGUUCUGGCGGCGGCCAGCAGCUACUUCCGCGCCAUGUUCCUCAGCGAUCUGCGGGAGAGCAAACAAGACAAGGUUAUCCUGAAGGAGGUUUCCCCGAACAUCAUGCAGCUGCUGAUCGACUACGCCUACACCGGGCGGGUCCUCAUCACCGAGCAGAACGUGGAGGCGCUCCUCCCCGCAGCUAACCUCUUCCAGUUCCCGGCGGUGCGAGACGCCUGCUGCCAGUUCCUAGAGCGCCAGCUGGACCCCACCAACUGUAUCGGCAUCCACAAGUUCGCCGAGACGCACCACUGCAAGGAGCUUGCCGAGACAUCCAAGGCGUUCGUCUUGGACCACUUUCUCGACGUUUGCCAGAGCAGGGAGUUCCUCGCCCUGGAUAAGAAGUUUGUAGUAGACUACAUCUCCAGUGCUAACCUGCGUGUGAUGAAGGAGAGAGUGUACGAGGCGGUGAUGUCGUGGGUGAAGUACAGCGUGCAGAGGAGAGCGACAGCGCUGCCGGAACUGUUGGGGCACGUCAAGCUGCCAUUUAUCGCACAGCACUACUUCGUGACCAAAAUAGAGACUGAGCCGCUCAUUGUCAACUCACCAAGGUGUAUCAAGGUUUUACAGUACACCAGAAACUACCACAUCUUCAACAACGACCCGAACAGCAGACCAAAGUUCUUCAUGAAGCCGGGGAGAGGGAGGGAAGGGACCAAACAGGAGGUGCAGGAGGUGAUGUUGGUAGUUGGAGGCUGUGAUGGGUUCUUCCACUACAUCUCUAACGUGGACAUGUUCGACCCGGAAAACCACAUGUGGAGCCCUCUGGCGGAACUACCGGACGCAGAGAAGCGGGACCUGUCGGUGGUGUCCCUGGGAACGGAGGUCUACGUCACAGGUGGUUCCGACGGUAAGAACGUGUUUCCGGACACCUGGCGGUACAGCUCGCAGUUUGACGAGUGGGUGAAAGUGGCUCCCAUGCUGACGGCCCGACACCGGCACGGCACGGCGGUCCUCGGCGGGCACAUCUACGCUGUCGGAGGGCAUGACGAGGCCUCCGCUCUGUCAGAUGUCGAAAGAUAUGACCCGUUCUCUAACGAAUGGCACGCGGCACCCCCGAUGCCCAAGGCCAUGGAAGACUUCACCCUGUCCGCGCACGGCAGUAACAUGUACGUGAUCGGCAGCGCCCCCGAGAGCGAGACGCUGGAACUGCAGAUCUUCAACCACAAAACUCAGUCCUGGAACCUGGAGGCGCCGCCCUCCAUGCCUGCGCACAAGUACUGCCUGCAGUCGGUGUGCCUGGACGGUUUGAUCUACCUGAUCGGGGCGGACUCCCGGGAGAUGUACGUGUUCGACCCGGCGCGCUCCGAGUGGAACCCCGCCGCCUCCAUGAUCGAGGAGCACGGGAACGGCACCAUCGGCGCCGUCAGCGGCAAGAUCUACGUCUCGGGAGGCUACUUCACGGACAUCACGGAGUGCUACGAUCCCGAGGGCGACGCGUGGACCAACGUGGGGACGGUCCCUCAGCUCAGGUGCUACUCCGGAUGCGUCACUAUCGUCAAACCCAACUUCAUAGAGUGGCCUGAGUUGGAAACUUGAGUUUUGAGUCGUACGACUGGUUUGCGACGGACUGAGGACAUUCGUGCUGCAGCCGUGCAAAAUCGUGAAACCGAACUUAAUCGUUAGAGUUGAAAACUUUGUGAGGAUUCUCCGGUCACAUAAGUCGCACGACAGGCUUGCGACAGGUUUGGGACAUUCUUAGAACAAUCGUGAGUGUGUUGUAUAAAAUCGUGAACCCGAACUUACUCGAGCCAGAGUUGGAGAUUUGAUUUGUGAGGAUUCCCCGGUCCAUAAGUCGUGCGACAGGUCUGCGACAGAUUGGGGACAUUCUUAGAACAGUCGUGAAGGUGUCGGCAUCAUUGCCGGGUGACUGGGGUUGGAAACCUGAUUUUUGAGAGCCUGGUCGUAUCCAUAGUAGAACAAAUUUGCGACGACUUGAGGACAUUCUGGAGACCGGGCCCCAGCUGGGAGAUGUGACGUUAGCCAGAAGCGGUUGCUGAUAUCUUGCCACGCUCAGAUCCUAGGACGGAAACAUUGUCCGGCAUAUGUGACCACUAUCCGACAUAGCGCGGUCAAAAAUGUCGUGAGAUCGUCAUACGAUCGCUAACUUCGGGCAUUUAUUAUACCCGCCUCACAUUAGGCGCAAUUCGAUCGGAAGACUAGUUUAUGAACUCUAAAUGACAUUUUCGUGAGUAAGACGUCCGGUGUUCUCACGAGCAUC